UUAAUUAUAUAAACCUUAUAAAACCAACCACACUACCAAUUUACACACACACACAAAAAAAAGGAAAGAUGGCGAUCGGUCCCAUCUUCUUCAUCCUCCUAAUCUCAACCGUUAGUUACAGCAACUUAGCUAACGCCGCAGAUCGCCCAUUCAAGACCAUCUACGCCUUCGGGGACUCCUACACCGACACCGGCAACACCCACUCCAACAGCGGCCCCAGCGGCUUCAUGUUCGUCUCCAACCUCCCCUACGGCCGCACCUUCUUCCACCGCCCCACCAACCGCUACUCCGACGGCCGCCUCGUCAUCGACUUCGUCGCGCAGUCGCUCUCCCUCCCGCUGCUCCCGCCCUACCUCGCCCUCAGGUCGCCCUCGACGACUGGCAGCGUCAACUUCGCGGUGGCUGGCUCGACCGCCAUCGUCCACAGCUUCUUCUCGAAGAACAACAUGACGCUCAACAUCACGCCGCAGUCGAUCUCCACGCAGCUGGGCUGGUUCGAGAAGGUUCUGGAAGGAAGAGGGUGCAGAGAGCAGAGCAGCACGCCAAAGGAGUGCGAGGCUGUUUUCGACGACGCGUUGAUUUGGGUUGGUGAGAUUGGAGCUAAUGACUACGCUUACAGCUUUGGAUCUUCCGUUACCCCUCAAUCCAUCCAAAACCUCGCCAUCAAUAGCGUCACCACUUUUCUUCAGGCGUUGAUGAAGAAGGGUGCCAAGUAUGUCGUAGUUCAAGGGCUACCGCCAACGGGGUGCCUAACGUUGUCCAUGUACUUAGCGCCUCCCAACGACAGGGACGGCGCUGGGUGCGUGGGCACUGCCAACAAGCAAAGCUCGAGUCACAACACAGUCCUCAAAUCGAAGGUGGAUGCGUUGCGGCAACAGUUCCCUCACGCGACGAUCGUCUACUUAGACUACUACAACGCCUACCUCAGCGUGAUCAGCAAACCCAAGAGCCACGGCAUCACAGAGCCUUACAAGGUGUGCUGUGGGCACAGCGGUGGGACCUACAACUUCGACUAUCUGAAUGCCUGCGGUUCGCCUUCCGCCUCGUCGUGUGGCACGCCUUCUCGGUAUAUCAACUGGGAUGGAGUUCAUCUCACUGAGGCCAUGAACAGGGCCAUGGCUAGCGCGUUUCUCAACGAAACUUAUGCUCAGCCGCCUUUCACUCAUCUCUUGGCUAAGAAACACAAGUCAUCAGCAUGAAAAGGAAGCCCUCGUUUUCGGUUUGCAAGUUUGAUGAAAUUAGAUGUUUUCCAACUGAGAUGGUUGCUGCGACUUUCCGACGAUGAAAUCAAGAAAUUAUCUAAUUCACCUGUCUAACUCUUCUGUGCUGGAAUUCAAUAAAUUCGAUUAUUAAUAAAGUGAAACUUGUUGACAAACCUAAAAA